CCGUGUGCGGUAGUUAAGGAGCGCGUCGCUCCAACACCUGCACAGCACACGGCGCAGCAGCAUUCAGCGGCGACGCGUGGAUUCAACCGGUGGCACAUCUGUGACUCUGUGGGAGAACCGAGGAGUUUCAUUUGAAAUUUGACUUUGUUGUUGAAAGUAAUCCAUUUCAAUGUAUCGGAACUGUUGCUUCGCCUCAGGAUUUCACGACCGAUAUUCAUUUUUGUUGCUGACACCUCACAAAAAUGCCUCCUCGUAUCCCCGGCUGGCUGUAAGGUUACGUGCUUGUGAAUGAGCUCUUCUUGACUCUCUAUCGGUGUUCGGGCAGCAGAAGCAGCAGCAGCGUGGUGGCGGACGGAGCGGUGUGUGGCACUGGUGCGGUGUGGUGUGGUGGUGCCUCCGAGCCCCUGCAUUUCUAAGCAUGCUGGUGGGAAAUGCCUGGAGACAUAGAUUAUGAGAUUUGUCAAACGGCACUAGAACUUCUGUCCGAUCUUUGCUCAAGAGGGGAAGUGCAGAACGACCACUGCCUGGAUUUCAUUUACUAUUUCCGAGACCUCGCCAGGCCGCGCCACACGGAUUCAGAUGUGUCGGUGAGCCUGCUCUCCCUGGUAGUGACAGCCUGUGGCCUGGCCCUGUUUGGAGUGUCCCUCUUCGUCUCCUGGAAGCUCUGCUGGAUACCAUGGAGGGAGCGCGGUGUCGUGCUCAGGACCAAGGAGUCCCAGGGCCACUACAACCCCACCAUGGCACCUUUGACCCCGCACAACCUGGCCCCGCGGCAGCCCGUGUACACGGCCGUGGACCCGCCGCCCCACGUCCGCCGUGAGUCCCGCGUGACGUUCCCCCCCGCCCGCGAGCCCACCCCGGUGGCGUCGGUGGUGUCGGUGGUGGAGGCCCCGCCCACGCCGGUGUCCCCGCCCCUCGAGGUGUUGCCGACCCCGGAGGUCGCGAUGAAAAUCAGCCACACGUCUCCGGACAUCGCCCUGGACGCCCAGUGUAAGACCCGGGAGAACGGCGUCCACACCAACCCCCGCAUACAGAGGCAGACCACCGAACCGCCCCCCUCUGGGCGAACCAUGGCAGAGAUCGGACAAGGUCCCAUCCGCAGGCACAUGAACCUGUCCAACCCGGACUUCAACGUGGCUCAGUUCCAGAGGCAGGACUCCCUGACCGGGCUGGGUCUGGGGCGGCUCAAACCGGAGCUCUACAAGCAGCGCUCCCUGGAGGGGGAGGAGGGCGGUCGCCGGGGCGGGGGCUGCGGGCGCCUGAACUUCAUCCUGCGGUUCGACUGCGACCUGGAGCAGCUCAUCGUCAAGAUCCACAAGGCGGAGGGUCUGCCGGCCAAGGACUUCUCGGGGACCUCCGACCCCUACGUGAAGAUCUACCUGCUCCCGGACCGCAUGACCAAGCACCAGACCAAGGUGCACCGCAAGACGCUCAACCCGGUGUUCGACGAGGUCUUCCUGUUCCCCGUGGCGUACUCGGAGUUGCCCACGCGCAAGCUCCAUUUCAGCGUCUAUGACUUUGACCGCUUCUCGCGCCACGACAUCAUUGGACAGGUCGUGGUGGACAACUUCCUGGAUCUGGUGGAUUUCCCGCGGGAGACCAGACUCUGCCGAGACAUCCAGUAUGUUUCCACGGAUAACGUGGACUUGGGCGAUUUGAUGUGCUCCCUGUGUUACCUCCCUACCGCGGGCCGACUGACCAUCACCAUGAUAAAGGCUCGCAAUCUCAAAGCGAUGGAUAUCACUGGGGCAUCGGAUCCGUAUGUCAAGGUGUCCCUAAUGUGUGAGGGGCGGCGGCUGAAGAAAAGAAAAACCUCCACCAAGAGGAACACACUGAAUCCCGUCUACAACGAAGCCAUUGUUUUCGACGUUCCCCCUGAAAACAUUGACCAGAUCAGCCUGCUGAUUGCGGUGAUGGACUACGACCGGGUGGGCCACAACGAGGUGAUCGGUGUGUGUCGGGUUGGGAACGACGCAGAGACCCUCGGUCGAGACCACUGGAGUGAAAUGCUCACUUACCCCAGGAAGCCCAUUGCCCACUGGCACCCUCUCGUUGAGUACCAAGGAACCAGUAGCCAGGGGGGUUCCUGUAAUUCCCUGAAGACCCCCCCGUCACCGUAGCCUACAGGGGAUGAAACCUGGCAGGUCCAGCGACUCCCUCUGGGGGUCGUGGGUCACGGUUUUCACCGAGGCCUGCUGCAAAACUAUGGAGAGGACACCAAAACUGAGACGAAGAGGUCCUAUCGGCCGCCCUCAAAGCUUUGCAUGGAGGGCCAGACUGUAUUAGUUGCAUGUUGUCGAGUGACCACGAGAAAUUGAUGUUUUACUUUCCUUUCUCUGUCGCUGCAAAUGACAAGGCUGUUUUAAAAAGAAACCUGUCCCUGAGCCAGUUUGUUUGUGGUCUGUUUUCUACAUUGUCCUGCUAUGUGUGCUAAUAGGCCCUGUCUGCGCAGUGUAUUUAUAGCCAGUUGAAAUGCCAGCCAUUCACUCUGGUGAUCUGUCGGUGCAUGAGGUUAUGGUUUGAUCUUCUAUCUUUUCUCUGUGUGUUUGUUCCCGCUCCUGAUUUUGGAAAUAGAACGUGGCGUUUUUGUCAGCUAAUCAUAAAAUGCGGUGGCGUUUCCUUUCUGCACCUGUGUGUGUGUAUGUGUGUGUGUGUGUGUGUGUGUUUGUGCGUGUGCGCGCGUGUGUGUGUGUCUAAGUAAAAUAUUCCAAAUGGUAUUAGUAAUAUUUAUUGUUAUAAAGUUUGGUGGUGAUCCACAGUGAUUGCCAGUAGAGUUGUUGUCCAAUCCCCUUUGAUGCACAACCGGAUUGGUUUUAUAUUAAUCUAACAUAUUUUUGAAUGUAUUAGAAGAUUUUUAUUUCAGAAGUUACAAAAAAUCAACAAUAAAAGACAACGUUGUAAUGUUUUUGUGAUAGAAUCAAUUACAUGGAAAUGAAAUAAAAAUAUGUUUUUUUUA